CAAUAGGAAAUGAAGAAAUAGAUACACACUACAAAUAAUCACUAAAUACAAACUAAUCAAACGGGUGGGAAAACAAUCCAUCUCUCCUUCUUCAAUUACUCGUUCAUGAACAGAUGGGAAGAUCCUCAAGAGGUGAUUCCAUUCAGACGGGCUAGACGACUCGAUUGUGUCCGGGAUGGCCUUCUUCCCCAAAUUAGGACAGGCAGCACCGUCGCCGGCACUCUUGGAUGGGUUCCUGACCCGAGAAGAAAACCCCCAAAAGAACCUCCGGCCUUUGCAGACUCCAAUUCUCCAAACUUCUCCAUUUCUAGAGCUCUGUUCCAUUCCUAUUACCCAGGGAAAACCAUCAAACAAACCAUGAAAGUUUUCCCCUCGCCGCCGCCGCCGCCCUUCAGAACUAUUUCAAGCACCAAUUCCUGAACUACGACGCCUUCGGCGAGCUCACCCCGUCCAUAGAGUUCCUCUACACAGAUCAUUUCUGCCCAGAUGUAGAGGUGGUGGGGUUGGGUUUGGCGUGAGAUGAGACUUAGGGAUUGUUUGUGUAGUGUUCAGUUAGAAAUUAAGGCUUGGGAUAAAUGUGUAGAUUUAAUGGGUUUUGGGCGAUAAAAUUUAAAUUUUAGG